AUGGACAAAUUUGAAAUAACUGAUGAAAUUCUAAAAUUAUGUUUAUACGGAAAUUUAGUAAAGGAUAAAGUUUCUAUAGAUGAUUUUCCAUCUUUGCCUCUUCCGCAUCAAGUUAAAAUAGGUUUAUCUACAUUGCCCGGAUGUAAAUAUGGCGUCUUUGCUAGGACCGUCAUACGCACUGGAACAGAGAUGGGACCAUUCGUUGGACACGUGAAAAGACCAUGUGAUGUACAGAAUGUUAGUCAUAAUCCUAGUUUAUGGGAGGUAUUUGACACAACAGGUCAUUUACUACACUUUAUUGACGGUGGACAUUAUAAUCCCGCUAGCUGGUUGUCACUGAUACAAUGUGCGAGAUCUGAACGAGAGCAAAACUUAGAAGUUAAACAAAUCGGAGCCAAUUUAUAUUUUAAAGCAUCAAAGGAUAUUUUAUGUGGUCAGGAAUUAUUGGUUUGGUAUGGAAUGUCACAUAGUUUGUUUAUGGGUUUACCACUUCAAAACAAGACAGAACAUAAAGUCAUACCAGGUAAUAAAUCUUAUCUAAACAUGCAAAAUUUUCUACUUUCAGAAAACAGCCAAAGACCUAUAAUCACAAACACCAAAGAAGUUAUUAGUAAACUCAAAUGUGUACUAUGUCGACGGGGCUUUAACUCGAGGAGUAAUUUAAGAUCACACAUGCGCAUUCAUACCUUAGAAAAACCAUUUGCCUGUAAAUAUUGUACUAGAAAGUUCAGCCAAUCAUCAACACUUAGAAAUCACGUGAGAUUACAUACUGGAGAGAAACCAUAUAGUUGUUCAUGUUGCAAAAGCUCCUACUCACAAUUAGCUGGACUACGUGCUCAUCAAAGAAGUGCCCGACAUCGACCGACUGUAGGGGAACAAAAGUAA